AUGAGGAACUGGCUUUGUUACCUAAUAGCCUCCCUUGGCCUCGAGAUGAUUCUGGCUACGGACAUGAAGCAGCCAGAUCUAGCGCGGAGAGGACAUUCGGCCAGGAGAGCCCACGGCUCACGGCCCCUGCAAAAGGACCAGGGCGGCUCAUCAACAAGGCCCGGAUUGAGCUCCGUCGAGCACAUCGUGCAAGGUGCCCUUAGCUCCAACUGGGCCGGCGCUGUCCUCGGCGCAACCAUUACCGUGCCCACUCCGACUCCAACGGGCAACUCAACCUCAUAUCAAGCCGCCUCGGCCUGGGUCGGCGUCGACGGCGCAACAUACAUAACCGCAAUCCUCCUGAACGAUUACGAGUGGUAUCCGAACUUCGUGCUCUAUUACGACGAGUUCGCCGUCAAUCCGGGUGAUGUUCUUGUUGCAUCGGUCAAUGUGACCUCUCCUAAACGGGGCAUCUGCAUUGUUGAGAACCGGACGAGCGGGCAGUCGGUGACCACUAUUAUAAGCGCGCCUAAGAGCACGGCAACCCUGCAGGGGGUGAAUGCCGAGUAG